UGGCUUCCUAUAUUUCCGGUAAUUUAGCUCACCUAUAUAAUGGUCGUGAUUAGCUGUCUUGACACUAUAAACACCUUGAGAAUAUUUGAGCUCUAUUGAAUAGAGAUUCACUAAUUAAUUGCCUUUUGAUGUUAAAAUAUCAAUUGCUUUAUUUAAUAUGACUCCAAUUUCCUACAAUUCUGUUUACCCCUGUUCUAGAUUAUCCGAAAUGUUUGAACAUAAGGAAGACGAAGGGAUGAAAAAGAAUGAGUGGCUAGAAGCUAAUAAGAUACGAUCUCAAAGUUACAUUGCAGCUUUAGGAUUUUUCUUUAGGCAAUCUUGUAAAGAUGCUCGAAGGCAUAAAUGUCAGUACUGACUGGGAUUCAGCUCAGUUUUUGUUGUAGUUUUAAUGACUCUUAUAAUCAACACCAUUAUUGAUAAAGGUCCAAUUAUCUUUUUAAGGCUUGCUGAAGGAAGUGUUGGUGAGAUAGAUGGCCUCAUUCAAAGUUCGGGUUACAGAGAGGGAGACAGGGUAUCUUCUGAGCUGGUGAAUUUAACACAAUUCAACACUCUCAACCCUGACGAAUAUCUCUUAUCACCAAGAAAGAGAAUAUAUACUUCUUAUUAUAUUCCUUUAAACGUAGGUGUCUAUCCACUGAGCUCAGAGACUGAACUGCCUACCUACAGUAGUAGUCAGUAUUCAGCAAUGACUUUUGAUGACUCUAGGGAUCUUAAAAUGGUCACUAUUGAUACUGACCAAGAAAAGAAAAAUAACUGAGGGAAAGAUUAUAAAUUUGACAAACUCAGUCUUGGAGAAUGAGUGCUUAAUGAAAAUUUCGUUAAAGCAGCUAAUCUUGAAAAAGGACAACAUGUGUUCUUUUCAUUAAACAUAAAUCAAGAGUUACAAAUCCUAUUCGAUCAUUUUAAAGUCAGGACUGGGUCUACUCCAUCGACUGAGCCUACAUUUGAAGAAGCAACAGUUGCUCCUUGAAAAUAUGUAGGAAGCUUUGCUAGUACAGGAGGAAAGCUACCAAACUCAGACAACACUAAAGCUAUCUUCAUGGAAAAUGAGUAUUUCUUUAAAUGGGUCGCUCCAUAUAUAAAAGUUCAGGACUCAAGCUCAACAAUGGUCCAAUUCAGAGAAUUCUUGAAAGGAGAAUACGCUCGUCCCAAUGACUUAGCUGAUUAUGUGGUGAUGAACUUCCCAGACCCCAGGACUGAUUAUUACAAAUAUUCUGAUUAUGAUGAGUUACAGAGCAAUGUGGUUACAUAUGUAAACGGAAUAGCCGAUAAAUGGGGCUUCUUUCCCCAACUUAUUGAUACAGAUAUUCUAGAAGAACUUCAGACCUUAAGUCUUGGACUGGUAUUCUUGGGUAUUAUUUUCUCUAUUGUCGCUGUACUGUUCAUUAUCAUUUCAAUCCUGCUAAUCUAUAGUUUGCUCAUGGCAACUGUUGAAGAAAAAUCAUUUGAAAUUGGGAUAUACAGAAUGGUGGGUGUAAACAAGUUCGGCCUAAUAACAAUGGUGCUCUUAAAAGCAUUUUUCUUUGUUAUCCCAGCAAUUGUUAGCGGCUUCUUAUUAAGUAUCUUAUUUCUUUGGAUGAUAUACACCUUGUUCCUUAACUCUUCAAUGGGAGUAAAUGAUGCUCCUUUUCCAACUUUUACUGCUGUCCUAUAUGCCCUUGGAGUCGGUUUUAUUAUCCCAAUCUUAAGCUCGCUAUAUCCAAUGAGAGUGGUCUUGUCUAAGACCCUGACAGAUGCGUUGAAUUACUCUACCUCAAAAACAAAGGCUGUUUUUGUACAGAUAAUCCACUCGAAAGAUUUCGAUAAGAAGCCAUACAUAAUUUUUGGAGGAAUUUCAGUUGUAUACGGACUCUCAGUGUACUAUUUCCUGCCACUUUCGCUGAUUUCAAUGAAUUUUGCACUAAUGUUGGCUAUUUUCUUCAUGAUCUUGAUCGGCAUGUUCUGAGGAAUGGUCUUGCUAGCACUGAAUCUGCAAAGAAUCCUAGAAGUAUUCUUUGUCUAUAUAUUUCUGUUUUAUGAACACACAUCAACCAGGAUGGUGGUGCUGAAGAACAUGAUUGCUCAUAAACCAAGGAAUAGAACAACUAUUCUGAUCUAUGCAAUGAGUGUCGGAUUUUUAGUCAUGAUUAUUGUUUCAUAUAAUUUGGAAAUCCAGAAUACAAAUGCUAUAGCACAACUUGAGGAAGGUCAUUAUCUAUAUUUGAUGGCUUCAACCUACAUUGGGUUCUCUCCUGUUUAUAUUGAGAGUCGGAUCAGUGGCUCUAAAGAUAAAAUAGAAUACCUUGGAUAUGAGACUCAUGAACCUGCUAAUUCUGCUUUAUCUUUGGACUACAAAAAUCUAAUCACAAGCGACGAUCUGGGACUUAUUGAGUUUGAAAGUAGUAUUUCAGGAGUUACACCAUUUUUUGGCCAUACACUAAUGAGGCAGUACUUAAAAUUGGAAGGACAGAAUACCUCAACUUCUUUAGAUAUCAUCGAGCAGUUGUAUACUCCGAGAGGAAUGCAAGCUGUAGGCAUGCCUGCCUAUGUACGUAAAAGACUUGGACUAGACCCUAAUAAUUACAAAGAUACUUCGCGUACGACUCUAUACACUUCUAACUGGAAUGUCUACUUGACUCAGAGAGCUUUAUGGAGCACGAAACUAUUUCCUGGAAAAGAUAUGAUUGAAAGAGAAAACGAUUACGGGUAUGAUGUUAUUGCUAGUUUGCCUGCAUUCAAAAAGUUGAUUGCUUCUCAGACAGCUGUGAAGAAUCAGAGAUUUCGUAAAGUAGCAAUUAAGCUUAAAAACAUAAAUAGUGAGGAAGACAUUGACGAAAUUAAAAAUGCCCUAGAUCAAAGUGUAGCUCUCACAGCUGCUACUUUUUAUGAUCAUAUCAAUGAUAAAGGAAAUUUAGACACUGCUGCUGCUAUUCUUGACCUAAUUUUUAAUGUUAUUAUUGGCUCAGUAAUGUUCCUUUGUUAUUUUGCGCUCAGUUCAUCCAUGACAGCAAACAUGAUUGAGCAGAAGAAAGAAAUCGGUAUCCUCAGAGCGAUUGGCAUGAAAAAGAGAAGAAUAUACUUCCUGUACAUUUAUGAAUGAUUUAUUAUGAUAUUCACCGGAUGAAUGACGGGAAUACUGGUGGGAACUUUGAUAGGUUGGACAAUGAUGCUCCAAAGGGUGCUAUUCACCAACGUCCCAAUACCUUUCUACUUCCCUUGGAUGCAAGUAGUUGUAAUGUUCUUCCUCUCUAUCCUCUGCGCUAUUCUGGCCACCAUCUUCCCAGCCAGACAAAUCCUAAAAAAUGAAAUCUCGCAGAUAUUCAGAUCUUAACCACAAAUAAUCAAUCUUCAAUAUUUCAUAUA